AUGGCAGUCACGGACUGGUCGCUACUGCCGCAAGCAGAUGAAGAUGCGCUUCACAACGUAUCCCGACUGCUCGCCGUUGAGGCUCGACCGUACCAGCAGGUCGCCGGCCGCCUGCUCAAGGACAACUUCUUCGACUUUGCACGGUCGAAGCAGCUGCCCUCACCGCCUCCCGAUGCCUCGGCUGCCGAGGAAGAGGCUGCCGCCAGAGCAGUCGAGCGCGAACAACAGGCACGCAAAGUCGAGACAUGGCGCGACAACAUCAUGAACGAGCUCUCCAUGCUCGACUAUGCCAUUCUCCGCUUCGAAUUCACGACGAACAGCAACCACACCGAGCGGGCACGAUAUGCGGUGGAGAAGGACGGCAUCACAGCGAAGCAGCAGCACGUCCGAGACACGAUCGAGGACCUGCGCGUGAAGCUGGUCGAUGCGAAGGAGACGCUGGCGGUGCGCAAGACCUACGACGAGCUGACGGAGAAAAUCACAAGCAGCAAGAUGCUGAAGCCGCGAGAUGAACAGAGGCAGGCGCAUGAGAGGCUGGACGAGGAGAUUGCCCAUCUCGAGCGCGAAGUCCGGUCCGCGAAGAAGACGUGGGAGGAGCGGCGCAUACAGUUUGGCCGCAUCGAGGAGGAGGCCAGGGAGAUGCUGCGCAUGAUCAAGGACGAGAAGGAGGAGGCAGAGCGCAAGGAGGGCAUGAUGAAGGACGGCGAUGAAGAUGGGGAGGGCGAGGGCAGCACAUCUCGGGGAGAUGGCAGCCGUGUUGGCACUCCACGACCAGACGGCAGCAUGACGCCCAUUCACGUCGGCCAGAGCGGAGAGGGGUCGCAGUCACUGAAGGUGCCACCGCCGGACCGACUGAAGCCUCUGUCAAGGGACGCCAGUACUGUACCGUCUCCAGCACCAUCGUCCGCGCAGUAUGACAUCCCCAUGGCCGACUCGGGCGCGCCGACGGGCGACGUGCAAGCCGAGGACUCGGACGGCAUCGACGAAGGAGAGGACCUGGAAGAGGGCGAGGACGACGGCGAGGCUUCACCUGACAAGAUGGACGAGUCGUAA